AUGUAUUCAGGUAUUCAUAUACUUUUGGCGGUUCAAGUUAUUGGUACCAUCGACCCACCGAAUUCAAGAAACAUCGAACUAUGUAGAUAUGGAAACUACAUAUAUCAAGAUAUGGAAAAAUCACCUUAUUCGGGACGUUGUGGUGCAUAUUCGGAUACUGCAACAUCAAAGAACACUUUGAUAUGCGGGAGCGAUGCCAACACAUAUGAAAAUUUGGAAACCUUCGCGAUUGCACGGUUGAAACAACCAGAUUUACACGUAGUACAUUCAGAGCGGUGUUCUAAUUCUAGCACUGCUCAAGCUGACUCCAAUCCACUUAUAGAUGGACCAAUAUGCGGAAGUGAUGUUAGGACUUACAAUAAUUAUCGCGAAUUAGAACUGGCUCAACUGUUACAACCAAACUUGAAUGUUCUCCAUACGGGACCGUGUAUAAUUGAACCCAAUUUUAAAGAAUCUCAAUUAAUAAAUUCAGUCAGGCGCUCUUCGGGACUCGAUUCAAAACCUGAAAUGCGGAAUGUACAUUCCCAUUACAGGCAUGUUGUCUAUUCGCCUGGAGCCCCGGGUGCUCCAGGAGGCUAUCCAGGUAGACCGGGUGCCCCUGGCGGAUCUGGUGGCUAUCCAGGUAGACCGGGUGCCCCUGGCGGGUCUGGUGGCUCUCCAGGUCAACCCGGCCGCCCCGGUUAUUAUUGGGAUAGCAGCGACUGGUGGUAUUGGGAUUCGGAUGAAGAAUAUUGGGGCCGCCCCGGUAGACCCGGUAAACCCGGUAGACCUGAUAGCGGCUGGGGAAAACCAGGUCAGCCUGGCAGGCCCGGUAGGCCUGGAUACGGUGGUGGGGGUGGUGGCCGACCUGGUAAACCUGGCAGUGGAGGUGGUGGUGGUGGUGGCGGCGGCGGCAGUGGAGGCCGACCAGGGCAACCCGGGUCUCCCGGCUGGCUCAGGGACGAAAAUAAGGACGGAGGGAGAAUAGGCUGGACUGAAAAGGGUGAUGGAAUAAGCCCUUUAGGCAAAAUAGCUGGCGGAGUUUUAAAUAUCGCGGAAGGAAUAUACGGUGUUGUUAAGAAUACGGUUGGAGAUGCAAGGGAUUUUGAAUAGUUCUUUUUGGC